AUGGAGUCAGACCUCUCACAAUCCUUCCAGAAAGAACUCACCUGCUUCAUCUGCCUGAGUUGCCUGACAGACCCAGUCACCUUAAGCUGUGGUCACAGCUUCAGUCGAGCCUGCCUCCACCUUUCCAGGGAAGACAUCCAACCUCCUGUCCGAUGCCCUUUGUUCAGAGAACAAUAUGGGAAGGAAUUGAGAACUAAUAUUGUUUUGAAGAAGCUGGUGUCCAUUGUCAGACAAGCCAGCCUCAUGAAGGACCUGAGCUCUGAGGAGCAAAAGUGUGUGACCCACGAGGAUACUAAGAUGAUCUUCUGUGCUGAGAACAGGAUCUUCCUCUGUCCACUCUGCUCAAACUCCCAUGAGCACAGAGGACACAGACACUGUCCCAUUGAAGCAGCUGCUGAGGAUCAAAUGGACAGACUUUUGAAGCAAAUGACAUCUUUAUGGGAGAAGGUCCAAGAAAAUCAAAAGAUUUUAGAGGCAGAGAACAGAAUGAGAACUCUUUGGAUGGACUACUUGACUCUUCGGGAAGAAAUGAUCAGGACAGAGUAUAGGAAACUGCAUCCACUCCUCUGUGAAGAGGAAGAGAAACACAUUGAGUCUAUGAGAAAUGAAGGCCAAUGUGUUUUAGAGAAACUCAGGACAAGUGAAACCAUGAUGGUCCAAAAGAGAAAAGAACUAAAAGAAAUGUACCAGGAGCUGAUGGCAAUGUCCCAGGAGCCAUGUGUGGUUCUGCUGCAGGGUUUGGACGACAUGUUCAGAAGAAGUGAGUCAAUGCAGCUGAGCAUGCCGCAGCCUAUUAAGACAGAACUCAAUGCCCUACCCAUCACUGGACUGACCAAAAGUUACAACCAGUUCCAAGAUCUAAAAGUCAAUUGUAACCUCACAGGGAAAGAGUAUCAGAUGAACCAGAGGUUAAAGGAGGACAGAUACAUUCAGGAAUCCACUUCUAGAGCAUAUUUAGAUUCUCCUUGA